AUGGGUGCUUUUAGGAGCUGGCAGAUGUACGAUACGGGCAGCAGCCAGUUGACGACUCAUCCUGCGUUCUUACGAAUUCGGGGCAUCCAAUGCGUGUCUGUAUGUGUGUGUGUGUCUCUUGAAGAAAGCGAGCUCUUGUGGAGAUCGAGGUAUACGCACGCCCUGCAUAUUCCGCAACAUGUCGGAUCAGCUCCACUGCUUGUCAUCGCUCACGCGCCCAACACAGUAGAGUAUGACGGCAAGCGCCUCAUAUGCACACAACGUGUAAAGGUUGCCCUGGAGAUAUUCCUUCCAAAGGUGGAUCCACUUGCUACACAUACGUGCAGCAGCAGGCGACCUAUAGGCCAGGUAUCUUGGAGCUUUGUGCUGAAUAGGUGGCAUGUGCGCAUGUGCGCAUGUUCUUCUUGCAGCAAACGGACGGCUUGCGACGCACGGCUGCAGAAAAGCGAUGGCCUCAGGUCUCACCUCCUCAACACUUUGCAAAUCCAGUUCAUAUGCUAGUAGAUUACCUCACAACACACGGGGACAUGAGCAGUGGCAACAGCAGCGGCAGUAGCAGAAGCUGCAGCUGCUCAUCUAAACUAGGCCACGCGCACCACAAAUGCAGGGGAGAAAGGGACCCGCCAAGUAAACAAACUAGAGCUAAUAAGUCGCCAAGCCGAAGCGCAGGUAAACGUCAAAAGUCUUCCUGGCAGGAGUGAAAGUAUUUUUAUUUUAAAUUUUUCAAGAGAACGCGUCCUGGUGGGAGUGAGGAGUGAGGAGGGGCCCGCACGUUGGCGGGGUAGGUGCGGCAACGGGACUACUCCUCGGCCUUACCGACCUCGCUGUGCAAGUUACCAUCCCAUUCCAUCAUCAACACGUAAGCCAUCAAACGAACUGUAUUUCACACAAGGUAAUAAUGCA